CUGUCUCUUUCUCUCUCUCUCUCUCUCUCUCUAGCCAUGGAGCCAAGAACCAGUCUCCUUCUCUAUCUCUCAUCUCUCCUCCUCUUCCACUUCAUAGACGCCCAAUGUGUGGACGGCGACAUCAAACGGCGCAUGUUCCCUGCUGAGGUCCAACCAACAUCCUGCAACACCGACGUCAUAAUCCGAGAGAUAUGCGAACACACAAAAAACCCCGACGUCUGCAUCUCAUCCAUUAGCCCGUACCUGCCCAACAUUGGCGAUGUCGAUGCCACCACCAUCCUUGGCUUGCAGAUUAAGGCGUGCACUAACUACACCAAUGUUGCCAUAAGCGCCGUCGAGCAAAUGGUUAAAGACCCAAAAACGCCACCAUUGAUGAUGGGCUGCCUCAAGGUUUGUCGAGAGAGUUACGGUAAUGCGCUUAACGACCUUCAAUCUGCAGUGAAAGCGAUCGAAGCCCACGAUUCAGGCACGUUGAAUAGUAUGCUGAGCGCGGUGUUGACCGACAUUGGCACCUGUGAGGAUGCGUUCACUGAGCGGCCUGGGCUCAAGUCACCAAUGGCUAGCCAGGAUAACAUGCUUUCGAAGCUGGCUAGCAAUUGUCUUGCCAUUGCCGCGUUGAUCAAAUGAUCCUAUUCUCUCUCUCUCUCUCUCU